AUACAAAAUAAAUAAAUGAAUCAUUAUUUUUUUAUUGUAAAAAGAAAAAGACACUCACAACAAACACAGAAGACAUAGUACAACACCACCACCACAAUACACACUACACUCUAAUUCUCAUGUUGCUUUUUGUCUCUCUUUAAACUCUCUCUCUUCACACACAAAUCGCUGGUUUUCUGUUUCAGUAGAAGAUCAACACAACACAACAAAACCAAGCUCAGAGAGAUUUAUUCAUAGUUUCAUCACAUUCAAUUCACCUUCACCUAUAUAUUUAUCACUUACUCUUCUUCCUUAUUUCACAAAGUUUUUUAUCUGAUAUUUGCUUUUUCAUGCAAUGAUGCACACACCUAAAAGGGUUGGCUGUUUAACUAUCUUCAUUGAAUGCACACAAGAAUAACAAUAACCCAAAAAAAAAAAAAAUUUUUUUUUCAUCUGGGGUGGUGGUGGUGCUGGUUUUUCAGCUACAACAAUAUAUGAUCUAUCUAUAAUUCUAGAAAUGCAGAAAUGGACAAAGCUCGAAACUUGAGGCGUGGAGCUAUCAGAUUCUCAAAAUCCAACAACAACAAGAGACCACACAUGAAUCAUAAGCAAUCUAAAGGACACAAACUCUUCGUUUUGAAAGCUGCUAUUGGUGGUGGUGGGGACCUGAAAUUCUCUGAGAAAUCGAAAAAAGGAAAAGUGAGAAGCUUGAGUGCUGUUGGAAAAGCAUUAUCCAACUGCCAAAUGGGUUGCCACGUUUCAGAAAAAGAAGAACAAGCACAAACACUAACACAUGACGACCCUUCUUCUUCUACCACCACCAUUAUUGCCACUAGCAAGAAACUUAAGGUUCCUAAAAAUUUUUUGAAUGGUGUUCAACAUGCCUCAGUCCCAAGGAAGCUACGUUCAGCCAUGAAGAAGCGCAGCCGUGAAUCCAUGUUAUUUGAUUCAGAAAAGGUGAACCAUAAGAUAAUAGGAAUAUUAGAAUCUCCAAAAAAGGAUGGAAUAAAGAAAUCCAAAAAAGAAGAAAAUGGGGAAGAAUGGUCCCAAAGGGAAGGUGUAUGUGGCCCCAUAAUCACAAAAGAUGAGGAAGAGGUUGCAGAGACUCUCUAUGCCUUGGCUGGAAUGUUCCCUGACAAUGGCAUGAAUGAAAAUAGUAAGCAGCUACAUGAAGAAUCUUUGUUAAAGAACACUUCUGUUUUGGAGGACUUGAAGGAGAAUGCUAAUGCUUCUUCUGAAGGUUAUAAUAUUUUCAUCUUCAGCUAUUAAUAGUUCAUUUGUUCAUUCAUUUAUUUAUUUUAUUUGUUUUGUUAUAUAUUGUA